GACACGGGGGAGGCGGGAGCAGGCAGCAUGGCGAGUGGUUUGAGGUGCCGUGAGGAGCGGGGCUGCUCUCUCUGUCCAAAUGCACAAAAUAAUUGGUUCAUAGACUCAUAAAAUAGUUUGGGUUGGAAGGAACCUUAAAGAUCAUUACAACCCCCUGCCAUGGGCAGGGACACCUCCUGCUAGAUCAGGCUGCCCAAGGCCCCAUCCAACCCGGCCUUGAACCCCUCCAAGGAUGGGGCAGCCACAGCUUCCGUGGGCAACCUGUGCCAGUGCCUCACCACUCAUGGUAAAGAAUUUCCUCCUUGUGUCUAGUCUGAAUUUGUCCCACUCCAGUUUAUACCCAUUGCCCCUAGUCCUACCACUACAAGCCUUUGUGAACUGUCCCUCCCCAGCUUUCUUGUAACUCCCUUCAGGUAUUGGAAGGUUGGUGUAAGAUCUCCUCAGACUCCAGGCUGAACAACCCCCACUCUCUCAGCCUGUGUCAUAUGGGAAGUGCCCCAGCCCUUGGAUCAUCUUUGUAGACCUCCUCUGGAACCUGUUCCAACAGUUCCAUAUCCUUAUGUUGAGGAUUCCAGAACUGGACACAAUACUCCAGGUGGGGUCUCAAAAUCUCUUAUUCUGAGAACAGAGGGGGAGAAUCCCCUCCCUUGACCUGCUGGCCACGCUUCUUUUGGUGCAGACCAGGAUGCUGUUGGCCUUCUGGGCUGUGAGUAGACAUUGCCGGUUCAUGUCGAGCUUCUCAUCUCCCAGCAUGCUGUAAUCAGCAUUUCAUGUCAUGCAGGUGUGUUACCAAGUGCCCGGGUGUCACCACCCAGGUCAUAUCAAAGUAUCCAGGGUUUAAGGAGAAAAAAAAAAAGCUGAGCCUGGCUCCAGAUUGAAGCUGAGUUGCAAUACGUUCUUGUUGUUUAAUCUGGAGAUGCCUCAGCCUGAUUUGUUUCUAUGCAAAUACAUUUAAUGUCAUCAUGGCUAUAUAAGUAUGUGUUAAAGGCAUUUUAAUGAUGCAGCGGUAACUUGACAGUUUGAUUUCCUGAUGUGAGCAAAAAAGCAUGAGCUUGCCUGUUAAAGUUAUGAUUGCUCUAUAUUGUCAUCAUCUCUCACGUUCCAGCUCAGACUGCCUGGCACAGUCCGUUAUACUUUGUCAUGUCUCAGCCAUUCUUCCCAAACUUUGUCCUGGCAGCUGUCUGCCCCGGGUCGGUUGGUUGAUUGAUUGAAGAGUGCUAGCUAGAAUGUCACAGCUGCUCACUUACAGUGAGAUUAAGGAAUGAUGACUACUUGUGUCCCUGCCUUUGACUGCUAAGUGUUCCUAGUGCCUUACAGUAGUAACCUGAUGUAGUUUGCCACGUUUGCAGGAUGCCAUUAUUUGAUAUGUGUCUUGAAAUCAGCCCAAUGUGGUCAGAUUCUAGACUUUUGAAAAACCUCUGAUUUAAAUGAGCUUCCUAGAAUAUGGUGGAGAAAUGUUGUCAAUAUCUUUCAUUCUCUGAGUAUAUUGUGGUCUUUGAAGAACUUGUUUUGUAACAGUUUUUGUCAGCUGACCAUCAAAAAUGGGAGAAAACAGGCUGUGACUCCUGUAUGCUUGCUAUUCUCCCUCUCCAAGAAUUGUUUCGAAAGAAAGACUAGUAAGGAGUAGGUAGAAGCAGAGGUGAUUGGCUACCUGCAAGUACCUCGACAGCUGAGGAAAAAAAACCCUGUAAGCUGUCUCACAUUUUAAUGAACACAAAAGACUUCAUAUAAGAAAUAGCAUUCACAAAAAACCAGAACCACGGGAGGAUCUUCAACAGUUGCGCUUUAGAUGCAGAAUCAAUAAGAAAACUCGCAGAAAAUAGAGCUUUUUUAGUUUAGUUCUCCUAAAACUGAUUAUUUGAGGCUUUUUAGCUUUUUUUUCUAAGGAUAUGAGGUUUGGGCAUGUGUGCAGCCCUAUGACUGCAUAGGUCUGUCAGCUUGUCUCUUAACUGCUAAAGCCACUGAAAAAUUUAGUAAGCUAGUACAGCUUUCAGGAAUACUAAGUUGUUACAAGUGUUGGGAAUGUAAUGACCUGAAAGGAAGGAAGAUUCUUUGACAGUAUGGCUGGGAGGAGAAUUGUCUUAACACCGUGCCCCUUUUUGUUAUUGUUGUUUGCAUGGCUACCAUUAAAACUGCAUUUCAGAGAUUACGUUGAAAAAGCAUAGGUUCACUAGGUCAGGCGCUUAAAUAUUAGCAAGUGCGUGUAGUGGGUUUCUCCCACCCCUUCCAAUUUUAAAAUUAGCUCGACUUGGAAUAUGCCUUCACCUCUAUGGAAGUCUUCUUUUUUCUCCCUGCCCAAUUCCUCUGUCACAUUUGGUAUCUGAGUGCUUGCGGAUUAGAUGUUGUAUGCUACAGUAGACUGUUGUUUGUUAAAUUCAUCCUGUGUGUGUUGUAGAUGCUACAUAUAAGAAAUUAGCUUAGACUAAUAGUACCUUGUAUAUCCUUACUCUUAGUUUUUCUUUCUGAGCGUAAGCCAUAGAGGACAGCAGUGUAACCACUGCUUUCAGAAGGUAUGACUUGGGCCAGUCGGAAGAUUUGUUUUAUGAGCCUGCCAGUUUUUCUUUCUUGGAGGUUAUGAUUUCUUCUUAAAACUUACUUCCCAAAGUCAUAGUUCUGGAGGGGAAAGGUUCUGUUUGGGCGGAAAGGAGGACUUGCAGGACUGCAGAGGUGAUUGUAACAGAGAGGGUAGGAAUUGUGGAAUGAAGAGGUUGCAAACAAGGAAUGUGAGGCAGUUGCUUAUGCCUAUUAACAGUUAAUAAAAGCCUUUAGUAGAAAUAGAAGCUCAAAGGCAAACAGCUUUUGCUGUCUGUGAUGAGCUUCAAACCACAUGGCUUCUGAGAUUGUUCCACGUAGAUUUGACACCUCUUGCAAUCAUCUUUGUUAGAGCAGGUUCUUUUCAUUCAUUGCUUAAAAUCAGACUUUUGGAGCGUGGACCCCUGAGAUUCAUUAUCGUGACCUUGCAGUGAGGGAUAAUGAUAUUAACUGUUGAGUAGUGAACUAUGGGAAAGCAAAGAAUGUUUAUUCAAAAUAAAAUAAUUUCUUAAAACACUAGAUAAUUUCGUAUGACUGUAUUGCUAUAGAAUCACUUAGGUUGGAAAAGACCUUUAAUAUCGUGAAGUCUAACCCUUAACCUAGCACUACCAAGUCCACCAGUAAACCAUGUCCCUAAGCACCACAUCUACACAUCUUUUAAAUACCUCCCAGGAUGGUGACUCGACCGCUUCCCUGGGCAGCCUGUUCCGAAGCCUGACAACCCUUUUGGUGAAGAAUUUUUCCCUGAUAUCCAAUCUAAACCUCCCCUGGCACAGCUUGAGGCCGUUUCCUCUUGUCCUAACACUUGUUACUUGGGAGAAGAGACCAACAGCUGCCUCAUUACAACCUCCUUUCAGGUAGUUGUAGAGAGCAAUACAGUCUCCCCUCAGCUUCUUCUCCAGAGUAAACAACCCUAGUCCCCUCAGCUGCUCCUCACAGGGCUUGUUCUCCAGACCUCUCACUGGCUUUGUUGCACUUCUUUGGAUGUGCCUCAGCACCUCAAUGUCUUUCUUGUAUAUUAUGUCCAUCUCACCUAUGAAAUUUCUAGCUCAUGAAACGUACUGUAGAUCAUAUUCUUGGCCUUUUUAUCUUAUGGUGACAGUUUUAUCCAUUCUGGGUUUUGGCUUUUUUUUUUUUUGGAAAGAGCAUUUUGACAGUUUCCUGGCUUGGAAAUACCACUUUAUACCAUCUAAAAUCUGUGUUUUGUUAUAAACAGAGAAUUAAUUUGUGUUGCUUCUUCAGAAAAAUUACAAAUAUAUAGCAUGUGUUGUGUGAAACACGGAGAAAAUGGGAUGACCAUGAAUUCUUUUGGCAAUAUCCAGCCUGGAAACUUGUACUGUAAUGUGAAGAUUUAUAAUUUCCUUUGGUAUCAAUGUUCCAUAAAGUAAAGUAUGCCCUUUGUCUUCAUAAACAUGUUAAGAAAAGCAUGCCUGGAAUCAAGGUAGCUUCAGAUAAAUUACACUGCUUGGAGUCUGUUUGCUCCUCUGCUGGAAAAUAUGUAGGUGUCAUCUGUCAAGUACUGUGUUUCUUUUAUAUUAAACACGUCUCAGCCUGCUGGGUGGUAAGUGGGAGGCUUAGAGUGGACAGGGUGAGAUUUAUGAGUUCUUUCAGGAUGUUGGUUCUUGCUCUGUUCCAUGCAACAUUCUUGAAUUUUCCGAAGACUCCAUUUUUUUAGUGGAACAGGUGGAAGACGAUGGAAGCCACGGGUUUUCUACAGCUCUGGAAAAUUAGGCCAUCUGUAUCAAGCUGAGCACUUGCUAGUAUUUCUGAAUUUCAGUAUUAAUUUUUUAUUGAGGCAGAAAUCAGUAAAAAAUUGUUCUAUAACUUGUCAGUGAAGUACAACAAUAAAACAUUCUCUGACUGACUUGCUGCUAACUGUGAUUCGAGACUUUUUUGUUUGCUUUAUUUUUGUAGUGCUGUCUUUCAGUUACAGGUGUCAAAAGCUCUAUGCUCUGUAAUCUGAAUGGGAUUCUUUUGCAAUUUAGUUACCAUCAUAGACAGUCACUAUAAGGACAGUCAGUAACUUAUUCUUGGGAAAUGGAGGAAAUCAUGUUACAGUUUCUUUGAGAAGUCUAAGGACUUUAGCAGUUAUAAAUGCUUUUCUGUAUUUAAAUACUUCUACCAGCUGAUCAAAAUCAUACUCUUCUGAAACCUUUGCCAAGCUUUAUGACUUCAGCUGUGCUGUAGGGUGUUGGUGGUUGAUCCGUUGAAUGAACCUGGCAAUGUUAGGACUUGGCACCCCAUUAAAAAUAGUAUUUUGAAACAGUUUGUUGCACUGUAGGAAGGCUUAUCCAAGAAUUAGUGUAAUGGGUCCAUACUAACAUCCAUCUUGUUCAGACAGUUACAGACAGCAAAGUCUACAGAGGAACUAAUUUGGGGGCAGAAGCCGUAAUCUCCAAGAAGACUAUUCUUAGUCUUCUAAAGAUUUGUUGAAGCUCUGAAGUGUAAAGCUUGGUAUCUUUUUUAAAAAAAAGAAAUUAUAAUUUCAAUUCCUCUAGAUGUGUUAUGAAAGUGUGUUCCACCUGUAUGUAUUUGUAGAUUCUUAUUUCAGUGACUUUCUGUAGCAGUGAGUUCCACAGUCACUGUAUGAGGAUUUUUUUUUUCCUUUUAAAAGAAAACUUAAAAAUUUUCAAAAUAUUGUUGUUUUCUUGACAGGAAGGAGGGAGAGAUGUUCCUGUUUCAUUUCUCUAUAGUUUCGUAAAUAUCAUGUAAGCUGUACCAUAGUGGGACAUGUCCCUGCCCAUGGCGGGGGGAAUGGAGCUAGAUGAUCUUUAAGAACCCUUCCAACCCAAACUAUUCUAUGAUUCUGUGAUUUAGAGAAAGUAAAGGGGGUUCUGUAUCCAGCUGAUUAUCAUGGCAUACUGUAAAGCCUGACUUUGCUUCUUUCUUUGCCUUAAACGUUUUGUCUGAAGGCUGGCCACUUGUGUGUUUGUUUUGUGUCGCCAGCAACAAAUAGGGGAGGAGGUGCAGCAGCAGACCUCCCCAAGGAUGGAGCUUGGGAUAGCGCAUGAGAGCCUAAUCUGUGGGUUCAAUGGAGGGGAGGUGCAAGAGUAAGCGCUGCUCUCCCUCACCUGUCUGAGCUCAAGGUCCAGAGCUGGCUGCUACAGGGGGAGGUGAUGCAGUGGUGAGGGCUGCUCCCUUCCUCCUCCCGCCUUCCUCCACCUGCCAGACUGCUCUGUGGUGGUGAAGAAUACUCUUGAGGAUGUCAUCAUCACACAGUUUUGUGAGUUCUGUCCUUGGGAUCCAAAAUUCCAUCCUUUGGAGAAAACAGAUUACUAUGAGGCUUUUUACAUGCCUCAAGUUUCCUAAUAUUCUAGUUUUAAGCCUCUUAAAUUUAUCUGAGACAGUGGGGUUCUGGUUACAAAAUUGAACCUUAAAACUUUUUGGAAAAUAAGUGGCAUCCCUUUGAGUGCUCCAAAAUUAUUAUUGCUUGUGUGAUAUGCAUUAAGAUUGGAGUUGUUUAUUUACCAUUGCAAGUAAUCUAAGGGAUAGAAAACCAAGGACAAGAACUGUAGUUUCAACCCUAUUUGUUAAAAUGUUAUUGUUUGAUUGUUAGAUUAUAUUCAUACUGGUUCACUCGGCUAUUGUUAUAUUAAUCGUGGUCCUUGUAUAAUCACCUAUGCCAUCCUGGUUGUCUUUUCCUCCAUAUAUUUCUUUCUCUGUCCAGUAUAUCCCAAACUCCUCUUGUCUUUUGACUGGGCAAGUUGAAAGAGGCCUGGGUGUGAGUUGACAGCUCAUGGAUCUGGGAAAUACCCUGUGUCUUUCGACUGGGUAAGUUGAUAGCUCGUGGAUCCAGGAUGUGACUACUCCUUCCUUCUGUCUUCCUCAGCCUUAUUCUCCUCAUCCUCUCCCUUUCUUGUAAGUAUCACCUUUAUAGACAGCAUAGACCUGAGUUUUGGAUUUGAGUUCUGGAUGUUAUAAAAGAACUUGCAAGGAAUGACGAGGCCUCUCUCUCUUGGCUCUCACCCGCGGCGCUCUCUCUCACCCAUCACUUCGAUGAGACCAGCCUGGACCACGUAGCCUGGAAGAAGCUGCUGCAGCGACCACAUGUUCCUGAGGAACUGCUGCUGCUCAUCAAAGUGGUGAUUUCUUUCCCUUUCCCUCCUCUCUCUUUCUCUCUCCCAUUACCUUAUGGUAUGCAUCUGGGAUUGGAUCCGAGUAACUUUGUGUUCAGGGAUUAGAUUCUGAUCUGAACAGGUUGGGAUUUGUUCCUGUAACUUUGGGAAGUCGCACCAAGUAUCUCAGCUGUGCACUCAAGUAUUUUGGUCUGUUUAUGUUUGCCAGAGACAGAAUAAAUAUUGCUUUUGGUUUUUGCCCUGAGAAUGACCUUGUUGGCCUCUGAAUCACUGCACAGAUAAAUGACCCUUCUCCCCUGCAGUUAGGCCUGGACGCAAGCGUGUGGCUCGUGGGUUCGGGGCAUGACACACACUGUGAGAAAAGCCUGAGUUUAGCUGGCUUAAGCGGAUGUUGUCCCAAGUUGUCUGUGUAACAGUUCAUUUCAGAAAGUCAAUUUACAGACAUGUUUUAAUGACAUAUUUUCCAGACCCUGUUCAACUAAAUUCUGGUAUGUGUUUGAAUUGGAACACUGGCAUACAGUAUUGUCAGUGAAGAUUCUUGGUCUGUGUAUGGAUGCGCUGUGUAAGUAGCUGAAAAGGCAGCCUUUCUUUACAAAUAAUUUGGGUUUAGAAGGAAUUGUUUCCCGCAGAAAAAAUGAACAAAGAAACAAAACAUUGUGACUGUUUUGGUAAGGAAUCUGCUUUUACUUUGUCCUGUGUUAACUUUCACCAACACUUACCUGAACUACUUUUUAUAGGGCUGUUCAGUGAAAAGCAGAUCUUGCCUAACUGAUACUUGAAGCAGUCGGACUUGCAUAAGGAAUGGAAUUUUACUUUCCCUGCAUGGCUUCUGGAUUUUUGUUGUUUGGGGUUUUUUUGUUAGUUUGGUUUUUUGUUCAUUUGUGUUUAUUUUUAAUGCAAAGCCGAACAAGUGCUUUUGAUGCACUUACUGAAAUAUGUGCUAAACUUAAGCUUUAUUCUUUCUUGUUAGGUUGUCCAGUGUUGUUGUACUUGAAGAGGUGACCAUUUGCUGAGUCAAAUGGUUCUCUUAAGUCUCUUCUGUUGAAAACAAACAAAUCAAUAUGGCUAAGUCUGGCUCUUGAAGUUGUAUUAUGUAAUGAUUUCAGGAAUGAUGAUUCUCUCUUCUCUGGUCUGAGGCAGAUAAAACUGCAUAAAUAUAAAACUGAAAACCACAGUCUUGCAUUGGAGGGUAUGGAUGAAUACAUAAAAGGUCAGUCUACACUAGGAGAAUCCUCCUUGGGAAGGUUCAGCAGUUCACAGUAUUUCUGUUGGAGUGUCUGUUAAACCAAGAGUUAAAACAGAAACUUAUGCUUGUAUAACUUUAGGGGGAAAAUGCUGGUUUCCACUAUAGUUUUUAGAAAAAUACUGACUUCAAAUUCACUCUCAAUCCAUCUGUUAAAUACUCUUAUGCUGGAGGUGAGGUUUGUACUUGCUCGUACUUUGUUCACUAUCUUUCAUCUGAAUUCAGUCCCUUUUACUGAAGGUGGCUUUUAUCCUCUGUUUAAGGGUCUGCCUAAUUAAAGCUUGAAAAACAUAGUCUAUGAGCCUGCAAGGAGAUCCAUCUAUGUUAGACAUCUAGUGUUCUGAAAAGACAGACGAUGCAGGUUUCAGAGAUGCACUCUGAGUCCACUGCUAGAAAUCCUGUCCCUACAGAUACUGGAGAACUGCCGAAGGCAUCUUUGAUAGAUGAUGCUUCUGCUGAUGUUUCAUGUAUAAAUGUAUAAAUGAGUAUGUGUCCCAGCCCAUCCUUCCCAAAAUUCAUCUUCCUUUGUGCCAUACCCUUAUUUUGAUUAGCUUGCUGGAGGUAGGCUUAGAUAUUACAGUGCAUCUUUUUUAAAGAACAUCCUGACGUUUCACUGUACCGUCUGACUUUACAAAGAAGCUUUCAUAUAGAUUAACUGUUAGUAGUUUUUGCUUCUAAGUAGUCAAUGUAAGCACAAAAAGGAAUCUCAUUAUAUUUGUUUAAACACUUUGAAUUUCAUAGAGCAUCUAUGUUCAUGACUGAAUGUAUGUACAGUGUGUACUCUUUACAAGCAUUGUACCUGGCAGUGCCUGAACUGAAUAGAUUGUUAAAAAAAUAACUAAAAUUCAAAAAAAGCAUAAAAACGGAACAGCAGGUAUCCAGGUAUUUACAGAAAUCAAGAGCCCAUCCAGCUUUAGGGUCAUGUGAUAUUAGUCAUAGAAUCAUAGAAUCACUAGGUUGGAAGGGACCCACAGGAUCAUUGAGUCCAACCAUUCCUAACACUGCCUAAACCAUGCCCCUCAGCACCUCAUCCACCUGUCCCUUAAACACCUCCGGGUUAGGUGACUCAACCGCCUCUCUGGGCAGCCUGUUCCAGUGCCCAGUGACCCUUUCCAUGAAAAAUUUUUUCCUGAAGUCCAGCCUGAACCUCCCCUGGCGGAGCUUGAGGCCAUUCCCCCUUAUCCUGUCCCCUGUCACUUGGGAGAAGGAGGCCAGCUUGGAGGCCAGCUCCCUCCUCUCCACAAACUCCUUUCAGGUAGUUGUAGAGAGCAGUAAGGUUUGCUUUCAUCCUCCUCCAGGCUAAACAACCCCAGCUCUCUCAGCCGCUCCUCAUAAGACUUGUUCUCCAGCCCCUUCACCAGCUUCAUUGCUCUUCUCUUCUUCUUGUGGUGAGGGGCCCAGAACUGAACACAGUACUCGAGUUGCGGUCUCGCCAGUACCGAGUACAGAGGAAGAAUAACCUCCCUGGACCUGCUGGUCACGCAGUUUCUGAUACAAGCCAAGAUGCCAUUGGUCUUCUUGGCCACCUGGGCACACUGCUGACUCAGUCACUAGUACUACAUAUGAAUCCAUUGCUGAUAAAGGCCCUGGAAAAAAUGCUAUUAAGAUUUGAUAAAGUGUAGAAAAUUAGGAGUUUUUUUCAGUGUAACUGCAAGAGAUAACAGUAAGGUUAGUUAGAAUGAGAAAAUUUAUAAUCACUAUAUUUAAAUUUUAAAUCUAAAAGAAUGUCAAUACUAAGCUAGUUACAAAGUGUUUGCAUUGUUUUUCUGUUUCUUUUUUUUCCACAUUUAUGCUCCCCAGUUGUUUGGCUACUUCUGUGUAUCCCUCCCACUGUCAAAGAAUGCAACAAAGUUCUGUCUACAUAAAAAGCAAAUACUGCAAGUAAUCUAGCUUGUUGACAGGAAGAUCUGGUCAGUGGGAAAUACUUGAUGAAAUGUUAAGCUCAGUAAAACUUGGAAAUGAAGUGAGAACUGUUUGUUUUGAUUUUUUUUUUCUUUCUUCCCUAUUGUAGGGGGCUUUUUGGAGAAGGGGGAUUGGUUUCUCUCUUGUUGACAAACCUUCUACAACUGAAAUUGUACAAGCACCAGAUAUGGUCAGUAGAGUUGUGAGAUACUAAUUUUGUCUUGGGUAAUGCCCAGAUAGUGGAUUGGCCCAUCGUCUACAGCAACGAUGGAUUUUGCAAGCUGUCAGGAUAUCACAGAGCAGAAGUUAUGCAAAAAAGCAGCACCUGCAGUUUUAUGUAUGGUGAGCUGACAGACAAAGAUACAAUUGACAAGGUCCGGCAAACGUUUGAGAACUAUGAGAUGAACUCCUUCGAAAUCUUGAUGUACAAGAAAAACAGAACACCUGUCUGGUUCUUUGUGAAAAUUGCUCCAAUUCGAAACGAGCAGGAUAAAGUUGUUUUAUUUCUUUGCACGUUCAAUGACAUAACGGCUUUCAAGCAGCCCAUUGAGGAUGAUUCAUGUAAAGGUUGGGGAAAGUUUGCUCGCUUAACCCGUGCCCUUACAAGCAGCCGAGGUGUGCUGCAGCAGCUUGCUCCAAGCGUGCAGAAAGGAGAGAACGUUCACAAGCAUUCAAGACUUGCUGAGGUAUUGCAGCUGGGCUCCGAAAUCCUCCCACAGUACAAACAAGAGGCACCAAAGACUCCACCACAUAUAAUUUUGCAUUAUUGUGUUUUCAAGACCACCUGGGACUGGAUCAUCUUGAUUUUAACCUUCUACACUGCUAUUUUGGUCCCUUACAAUGUCUCCUUUAAAACGAAACAGAACAAUGUGGCAUGGCUAGUAGUUGACAGCAUUGUCGAUGUCAUUUUUUUGGUAGACAUUGUGCUUAAUUUCCAUACCACCUUUGUGGGACCAGCAGGAGAGGUGAUCUCUGACCCAAAGCUGAUUCGCAUGAAUUACUUGAAGACCUGGUUUGUGAUAGAUCUGCUUUCAUGCUUGCCGUAUGAUGUCAUCAAUGCUUUUGAGAACGUCGAUGAGGGCAUCAGUAGCCUCUUCAGUUCACUUAAAGUGGUCAGGCUACUUCGGCUAGGUCGUGUAGCUCGGAAGUUGGACCACUACAUCGAGUACGGCGCAGCAGUCCUGGUUCUGCUGGUGUGUGUCUUUGGUCUUGCAGCACACUGGUUGGCCUGCAUUUGGUACAGCAUAGGAGACUAUGAAGUUAUUGAUGAGGAUACAAACACAAUCCGAACUGAGAGCUGGCUUUAUCAGCUGGGGGUGUCAAUAGGAACACCUUACCACUUUAACACAUCAGGCUUUGGAAAAUGGGAAGGCGGACCAAGCAAGGAUUCAGUCUACAUUUCCUCAUUGUAUUUUACGAUGACCAGCCUCACCAGCGUUGGAUUUGGGAACAUUGCUCCAACUACAGAUGGGGAGAAGAUCUUUGCGGUUGCUAUGAUGAUGAUUGGCUCCCUUUUGUAUGCAACCAUUUUUGGUAAUGUGACAACUAUAUUUCAGCAAAUGUAUGCCAAUACAAACAGAUAUCAUGAAAUGCUGAACAGUGUCCGGGACUUUCUAAAGCUCUACCAGGUCCCUAAAGGACUGAGUGAACGUGUGAUGGAUUACAUCGUUUCCACCUGGUCAAUGUCCAGAGGAAUAGAUACCGAAAAGGUUUUGCAGAUUUGCCCUAAGGACAUGAGAGCAGAUAUCUGUGUGCAUCUGAACCGCAAAGUUUUCAAGGAGCACCCAGCCUUCAGGCUGGCAAGCGAUGGGUGUCUUCGAGCACUUGCCAUGGAAUUUCAGACAGUGCACUGUGCCCCAGGAGACCUGAUCUACCAUGCUGGCGAGAGUGUCGACAACCUUUGCUUUGUGGUUUCGGGGUCUUUGGAAGUAAUCCAGGAUGAUGAAGUUGUUGCUAUUUUGGGCAAAGGAGAUGUUUUUGGUGAUGUCUUCUGGAAGGAGUCUACCCUCGCCCAGUCCUGUGCUAAUGUAAGGGCUUUGACUUACUGUGAUCUUCACGUGAUUAAGAGAGAUGCCUUGCAGAAAGUGCUGGAGUUCUAUACAGCCUUUUCACACUCCUUCUCCAGAAAUCUCAUUUUGACCUACAACUUGAGAAAAAGGAUUGUGUUCCGGAAAAUCAGUGAUGUCAAACGUGAAGAAGAGGAGAGAAUGAAGAGGAAGAAUGAAGCGCCCCUGAUCUUACCCCCAGACCACCCGGUCCGUCGGCUGUUCCAGAGGUUCAGGCAGCAGAAGGAAGCACGGCUCGCAGCAGAGAGGGGCAGAGAUCCAGAUGACCUCGACGUGGAGAAAGGCAAUGUUUUAGGGGAGCACUCCUCCACACGCUCAGUGGUCAAAGCCAGUGUUGUGACUGUACGGGAGAGUCCGGCAACACCUGUGUCAUACCAAUCCGCUUCAACGUCUGGGGUCUCUGACCAGGCAAAGUUGCAGGCUCCAACAUCGGACUAUGCAGGAUGUAAAGUGUCGGGGGACUACCCUCGACGAAAAGGCUGGGCCAAAUUCAAAGAUGCCUGUGGCAAAGGUGAAGACUGGAACAAGGUCUCUAAAGCAGAGUCUAUGGAGACAUUACCAGAGAGAACUAAAGCUUCGGGAGAAGCUACCCUGAAGAAGACAGACUCUUGUGACAGUGGCAUUACAAAAAGUGACUUGCGCUUGGAUAAUGUUGGGGAGACAAGAAGCCCGCAGGACCGCAGCCCCGUCCUCACUGAGGUCAAGCAUUCCUUUUAUCCCAUCCCAGAACAAACUCUUCAAGCCACCAUGCUAGAAGUGAAGCAUGAGUUGAAGGAGGACAUCAAGGCUUUAAACACAAAAGUGACCAAUAUAGAAAAACAGCUCGCUGAGAUACUUAGGAUAUUAACCUCAAGAAGAAGCUCCCAGUCGCCACAGGAGUUGUUUGAAAUAUCAAGGCCACAGUCUCCAGAAUCAGAAAAAGACAUGUUUGGAGCUAGCUGAGGGGUUUCUUUUUAAAAACAAGUAAACAAACCACCAGGCAAAGAAACAGCCCCCUCCCCUAACAUUUUAAAUUUACUCUUUCUUGAAAAUGAGUGAGGGACCAGUUCACUAAGCAUGUUCCCUGUGUCUAAAAAGGUACAGUAACAGGAAUUGCAACCUCAUGUCAAGAUGGCAGCUGACUCUGAAGCCUUUUUGACAGCAAGGUGCUUCCCUGAAUCCCAGCGAAUACCCUGUUUAGCAGCUUCGAAGGUGAUGUUCUGCUUCUACAGUACUUCACUUUAACGAACCGAGCAAGAUAUUUACUGUGAAUAUCUGGUGAUAUAUUUUCAAUGACUCUUAACCAGUCUGUGAAAGAAUUUAAUACAUGAUUUGUCUUUACUGUAUAAACAACGUGUAUGAUUGCACUUGUGCAGAUGUGUGUAUAUACACACAGAUAUAUAUAAUAUAAUAUCUAUGUAUAAAUAAGUCUGUGGAUUGCAUUUCUGUUAAGUAAAAGCACAUCCCUCAUUUAAUCAUUCUGGUUCAGGAAGGGAGGUUAAAUCAUCCCAGUAGACAUCAGCUGAAUGUCCUGGUUAGUGUCUUGUUUGUUAACUGUUGAACUUCUAAGGCCAUGACCUUUGGUUUCUCUAGCUGGCCUCAAUUUUAUACUGUUAGUCUGGCAAAUAUUGUGACUGAGAGAAGACCUCUCAAGCAUUGUGAUAGUCAGGAAACAGAAAUACAUAUGAAAUUGGAAAAAUGCAGUAUCAUAGUUGGUGGAAAUAAGGCUAAUAAGCCACUGCUUGUUGCUCACAGUAUCUCUGAAGCUAAGCCACCCUGGAAGUGCUUCUCGUGGCUUUGGCUGCUGCAUGAUUGAUGCUGGAAUAAAUGGAGUUCUUUUUCCUGGUACCAGGGGCUGUCUCAAAGGUGCUGAGCCUAUCCUUCUCGUGGACCAUGUAACACAUGGUUGCUGCAUCUCUGCUUUCUUGUCCAGGUGUUAGGUGGUGAAAAGCAUCUUCUACUGCAUUCUUCAUUUCCAUGUAAUCUCCUAUGGGUGUAUUUGCAAUAACAAAGUCUGUGUUUCAGCUGCACUUCUGAUUAAUUAAGACAAACCUUUCAGAGAGAGACCCAUGCAGGGGAAGCUCCAGAAAUUUGAGGCAGGGCAGAGCAGGUUACUGUAUCCUUCAAUCUGACAAAGUUUUGACCACAUUGUUGUGGCAAGCGUUGAUUCAAUUAAAUAAAAGAGAAAGCUUUUUGCAAUAAGAUAUAUCCAACAUUUAGCCUUAAGACCCUUUCAUAAGUGAUAUAAUUCAAACUGUGACUCCAUUUUCCUUCCUUCUUAAUGUUCUGUAGUAUUUACAGUGUUGCCUAAAGAUGAAGCACUUUGAUUAGCUUUCUAAAUCUAAUGGAAAUCACUUGCUGAUAAUCACCUUUCUUUCUCCAUUUAUUGCCUUCUUGCUAGGAUAAAGCAUUACUCCAACAGCCCUGUCCCCUCACAGAACAGAGAGAAAUAACUGUUGUCUGAACACUUUUGUAUAUCAGGGAGCCAACCUGUCAUACUGCGAAAUGUUUCAAAGGGUUUUUUUACAGUUCGACAAAGCUAGUGUGAAUUUUCCUGCAACUGUAGUUUGUUUCAAGCUGAUUGUUGAAUGUUGUGUAAACAUAUUUGAUGUAUAAACCCAGAACUUCUCUGUAACUGGAUCUAAAUGCCUAACGAUAGCAAAACAGUCUGAGGUUUUCACUAACUGUUCUGAAAGGUUCAUGUUUUUUUUUCUUCUUCCCACUGAAUCUGUGACCACUGAAAUAGAAAAAGAAUCAUUUUAGCUGUAGAUGGACGAACUUCAAUAAUCUUGUAUCAGGAUGAACUGCUAUAUAAAGAAACACCAAGUUUUCUAAUGAAUGUGUUAUAUUAUUGUAGCUACAUACAAUUAAUAUUUGUACAUCUGUUGGAGACCUGUCUGCAUUUCAAUAUUUAGCCACCACUGCAUGGACACUUUAUUGAUAUGCAGUUAAUGCAGUUGCUUUGGCGCUUUUCAAUGUAAUUCACUUGUUUUUAUCCUUUCAGAAAUCCACCAAAUACUCUUGGUUCUUUUUCUUUGCAUUUGUCACUUUGUUCAAUGAAGCAUGACUAGAAAAAGAGAACGAGUAGAUACUAUUUUUGUGGUCAGCAAAGCAGCUGCCAGUAGAUAGACAGUGUGUGUGUAUGUAUGUAUAUAUACGCACUGUCUGGGAAUGUUUCAGUUACAAAUGCAGCCACCUACAUUAAUGGUAUCCCUAUUCAACAUUUUUAAACAAGCACAAAUAAUAUUUGUAAAAAAAAAGUUUAAUUUUAUUUAUUAGAGUAAUAAACUAUUUUAUACAUUA